AUGUCUUUACUGAACUCUGUAAAGACUGCGGUUCAGCGACCGGUGAAGAUCAACCGGCAGAGACGCUCUUGUACUGACACAGGCCAGACUCCAGCUGGAGAUACUGUCGUUAGCACUAGCAGAACCUCUCCUAAUAGAAAGCUGGCAGAGACACCAGAUAAUGAAGCUCCAGUAGAGAAAAAGGCUCAAAUCCAGCUGGAGAGAGCUCCGCCCACGGUAUGGAUCAUAGGGGACAGCUAUAUUCGUCGUGGGGAGGAGAUAGCGAGGAGCUCACUGGGAGGUGACCUGGGAGUGAAGGCCAAGGUCAGCUGGUUCGGCUGGGGAGGACUGAGGUGGCGAGGCCUCGUUCCGUUCUUCAACAAGUCUCUGAGAGGAAGAACGGCUCCGGACAUGCUGAUCAUCCACUGUGGUGGGAACGACCUCGGAGGGAUGAACGCCGUUCAUCUCAUUGCAGAGAUGAAGGUGGAUCUGCUUGAUCUCCACCGUCGUUUCCCACACAUAAAGCUCCUGCUGUCAGAUAUCACCCCAAGACGUCAGUGGAGGUCCACCAUUCACCCUAAGCAGAUCGACAUGGCCCGGAAAUGGGUAAACCGCAAGAUGGCCGACUUCAUUUUGGGAGUGGAGGGGGUUGUUAUUCAUCACCCGAAUAUCCUGUUCUACAACCCUUGGCUCUUCCUCAGAGACCGGGUUCACCUGUCUCCUUUGGGCAACGAGCUGUUUUUAAAUGACAUUGCAGAAUCCCUGAAAACCUUCAUUCAAUAAAUGUGAUUCUGCUGAAAUCA